AGCAUCGAAAAAGCGUAGUGCAUCGAUGAGACGAUUUUAAGCAACUAUUGUACAUUAAAAUACCGAGUAAAAUGGCUGAAACAACCGACAAAAGAAAGUUGAGUGAACUGCGUGUGGUGGAUCUGAAGCACGAGCUCGAAAAGCGUGGUAAAGAUGGAAAUGGUGUGAAAAAUGUGCUACUCGAAAAACUCACCCAGGCGCUUCGGGAUGAGGGUUUAAACCCGGAAACAAUGGAGUUUGAAAUUGUGGUCAGUAAAACGCCAGCGAAGAAAGGCAAGGCAGGCGCGGGAAACAAAACGGAUGAGGAAUCUGGCAGCAGCGGGGAUGCUCCUGCUGUGGAACAAGGGGGUGACGAGAGGGACAACACAAAAGUGGAUGAAAACACCAACAACGCUGAGCCGGAGGGUGCAGUAGAGGCAGUGGAGGAGGAAAAGAUUGGAGAAACACAAGAUUCGAAAGCAGAAAAACAGCAGGCAGAUGUUGAGGAUGGUCAAGAAGAAACUGCCAACGGUAAGGAUCUAUCGGAGAAGGAGAAAACUUCAAAAGAGGACGUGAAAGAAGAGCUAUCGGAGAAGAAUGCAAACAGGACGAAUAAGGAAGAAUUCGUAAAGCCCGUUGAACCCGUCGCAGUGACGAAAUCUGAGGACAAUUUUGGCAAGCAAAUCGAUUUAAAGGACGACCCAAAGGAGGCAGAUAACGAAGAUUCGCUGAACCUAACCAUCGGCGAGGAGGAUGAAAAGCUUCUCCAUGAUAGCAACAUGGAGGUAGAUGCGAAGGAUGAAGCUGAAUCCAAGCAAUCCAACCAGGGUGGCGAUAAAGUAUCCGACAGUACUUCCGAAGAGCCAAAGAAAACUGAUGACAAACGGGAAGGCAAAAGUGAGAAAAGUGUGGCUGCAUCCAGCAUCGAAAAAGACGGUGCAGCAAAAACAACAGCAUCAUCAGCAUCCUCCUCUUCGACUACAGCGUCCUCGGCGAGAACGGGCGGCGAAAAGGGGGCGAAAGCCACCCCACCCACCUCCAGUGGCUCCACCGUCGGUGGAGAGGAUAAGGUAAAGGCAAAGACGAAGACGAGCUCGGGCAGCGCGGGCGGAAGUAGCAGCAGCGGCGGUGGAGGAGCAGCGAGCGUGAGCCGCAAUCUGUGGGUCUCGCGGCUGUCCUCGCUAACCCGGGCGACCGAUCUGAAGCAAAUCUUUUCCAAGUACGGCAAAGUGAUCGGCGCCAAGGUGGUCACCAACUCGCGCACCCCCGGUACACGCUGCUACGGGUAUGUCACGAUGGCUUCCGCCAAGGACGCGACCGAAUGCAUAGAUCAUCUGCACCGCACCGAACUUCACGGACGCUUGAUCUCGGUGGAGCGCGCCAAAUCGGAGCUCGGCCCAGCACGCCAAUCGGGGACGACGAAGACAACGACUGAUUCGACAUCGGCGAAAGCGUCGGCUUCCAGCAGCAGUACCGCCAGCAAAGGAGGAUCCAACGGCACCACCGGUGGGAGCAAGAGUGACGCGGCCAAACCGAAGGCCGCAUCAGCAUCAUCGUCGACCGACGAUAAGAAUAAAAACGGCGAAGCGACCGGUGAGAAGGAUCGAAAGCCAGCGCAGAAGGAUACGAAACCACGCCCGAGUCAACCGACGGGAGACAUCAAGCGGCGCAUUGGAGAGAAAGCGGGACGCAGCGUCAACAGCAAGAGCCGGGAAGCCAGCACAUCCGGACGGCGCAGUACCGAUCGCGGUGGUGCAGCCCGAUCGUCCCGCGAUCGCCGCUCGACAACGCACGGAUCAUCGUCGCAGCAGCGUGAUCGUGAUCGUCCGCGCAGCCGGGAGAGUGGACGGACCGGCGGCGGGGGAGACUCGCGAGAAGUACUAUCGUUACAGAAGAUCCGCGAAGAACGGGAACGCCACCGUCUGCGCGAACGCGAACGGCAGCUGCGCGAAGAGGAACGGCGUCGGCGGGAGAUCCGGGUCCGGCAGCGGGAAGAAGAGGAGCGGCUGCAGCGGGAGCGCGAAAAGCUGGCCGCCGAACGCGAGCGCAUCGAUAAGGAGAAGGCGGAACUGCUGCGGAUCGUGCGCGAGCGGCAGAAGCUCGAGCGGGAGAAGAUCGAGCUCGAACAUCUGGAGCUGAAACGGCAGCAAAGGAAAAUUGAGGAAGCUAAGAGGUCGUUGAAACGUCCCUCCACUGAUCGGUACGAUGAUGAUCGCAAGCGACCGGCCCCGGACCGUCGUGUGGAAGCACCUCCGCCGCCGAGGUUUGAUUCGUCGAUUUCUACCAGUUCGGGACGUUCAAAUUACGAUCGUAUUUCGGGAUCGGAAAAGAAAGGUCGACUGGAUGACUACCCUGCUUCAUCGAAGCGGGACGACUUCCGCCGCGACAGCUUUAAGCGGGGCGGCGACGACUAUAAACGCGGCGGGGACGAUUACAAGCGCUCCUCUGGCGACGACUACAAACGUGGGACGGACGAUUUCAAGCGUGAUUCACGUGAUGACUACAAAUCCAGCGCCCGAUCCGGUGACGACUAUGGCAAACGGGACAGUGGCUACAGUAAGCGCGAUCUGGACCGUCCCAUUUCCAGCUCGUACGAUAGCCGCGGAAGUGGGGGAGUGGGAGGGGGACUGAUGUCGCAGUCGCUGGGCAAGGAAAGCCGCUACAAUGAUCGCUCGAGCGACUAUCGAAGUGGCACCACCGGCGGAAGCGGUGGCCUGAACGGUGGAAGUGGAGGAGGUGGACGCGGUGGCACCGACGAUCGGGAUCGCAACAACUCGUCAAGCAGCAGAUACAACGAUCGAACCGGCGGUGGGAGCACCGGGAAUGCUGGUGGCGGUGGCAACUGGCACAACAAUUCCGGACUUUCGCAAAUCGGCGCCAUUUCGUCGCUGGGCAAUUGGGGCGACAAAACGAACGACGUCAGCAGUGGCGGUGGUGGAAGCUGGAGGAACAUGGACAACGGACAGGACCGGUACGAUCGGACCUACAAUGAGCGGAAACCCAUGCCGAUAUCGUCCGGUGGGGGCGGUGGAGGUUUUAUGGAUCAAUCCCGGCCCAACCAGUUCAUGAGUGGAGGUGGUGGUGGUGGUGGUGGCGGCCGACAACAGGACCGCUAUGGCCAGUCGGUGUCGAGUAGGUUUGACAAUGGACGUUAUUGAAACCCCAAUUCCCCAUCGGAGUUUGGCACAUGAAAGUGAAUAUCGAACGGACAGACACUUUCGUUUUAUAGAAAGGCACACGUAAUACCCUUCGAAGCAGACUAUAAACAUGUCCUUGGUAAAAUAAUGCAGUUUUAAAAUUAUUACACGCAAUCCUAAGUGUAGUUUUAUUAAACAUUACAAUAAACUGAAUAAAUUUUCAUCAAUCAUAACUAACGUAA